UUUGACAGAGUUUGUAUUUCACGAUCUAGGUACAUAUUUACCGAAAAAUAAAAUAAUAAAUAUAAAUCAUUAUCUCUCUUAAUUUAAACCUGGGAAAAAGUAACAACAAUGACUCUAUGAGAGUCAAAAAUGUUAACUUAUUUUGUAACUAAGAAUCAUAGCGUCUUUUUGUUCGUAAAAUCAAUUUCUUCAGAAUGUCUGUUCCACCGAUAGACUACACAGUGCCUCCUCCAAGAUUAGAUAUACCACCGCCGGCGCCUGGUAUACCACCGCAGAUAUUUUCCCACCCCCCGCCGUUCCAGGUACCACCAUCUCAUACACAACCACCGCCUGCAGAACGGCCUUUUACGCCAUCUCUACUUCCUCCUAUGGCCGUGCCACCGCCCCCGGUAACAUUCUCUGCUCCUCCUGUUCCACCGCCCGUUGCGCCCAAUUUUCCACCCCCUCCUAUUCCUUCUGAAUUUUCAUACGUCUCUCGUCGUCCUCCUUACCUGGAAACUAGAGAAAAAUCGAAAUGUGACCACCACAGCUACAGUAGUCCAUCCAGUGGAAAAUCAACAUCAAGUUUAUCCCAUAACAGCCUCAAAGAUAUGGAAUCUGACACUAUAUCAGAGGUUCCAUCAAGUUCAAGAUACCACAGGUCUUCAAGAUAUUCUCCAGUACAUAAAUAUCGAUAUUCACCUCAUAGAGAAAGGGAAUAUGAAAGAUAUAGAAGAGAUAUGGAGCGAGAAAGAUACAUGGAGAAGGAAUCAAAACAUCGAGAGUAUAGAUCUCGUAGUCCAAGUUAUAGUAGAAGCCGGUAUAGUAGGAGUCCUUCGUGGCAGAGCCACAGAGGGAGGGAUAUAGAGAGAUAUAAUAGAGAGAGAGAACGGUAUGAGUAUGAGCGAAGAAGAGAAUAUGAAAGGAGACAUAGUCCUUCUCAACAUAGGGAUUAUAGAAGUUCUAGUCGUUACAAUCCACGAGAUGAAAGGUCGCACAGGUCAUAUAGUGUGCGUAGUUAUUAUUCUCCUGGUCAAGACAGACAUAGCAGAAGUCGAACCAGAGACUUGUCGCCACGAUCCAGACAUGAGUCAAUGUCUCGAAGAUCAAUGAGCGAAAGAGGAUCAGUGCCUCGAAAACCUAUGACGGACCGUGAAAAGAUCCUUGAGGAAUACAGAAAGAACUAUUGCAAAACAUCUGAAGAUUUGAUUGAGAAGAUGGAGCAAUGGUCAAAAGAACAUAAUUCUGAUGAAGAAGAGGUCUCAAAGAUGUGGUACAGAAGUUCCCCAGCGGAACUGUAUUACAAGACUGCAGAAGACGGGAGUAUCCAACAGACUAGUAAACUGCAACGGCUGUGUGACCGGGCGUUUAGCAUCCUUAUCGAGAGAGGCCGGAGGGCGAGGCCAGAAGCCGAUGAACUGCCACCUCUGAAGCCGCCAAAAGCCAAGAUGUGCAAACAUAGAUUGGAAGAAAGAAGUUCGUCUUCAUCGGAAAGUGACGAGUGCUUGGACGAGGAUGGCUUGCAAGGCUACACAGACAGGAUCAUGUUGGAACUGCAAAGGAAACAGAGCCAUCCGAGGAGGCUUCAUCCUGAAAUGUGGUUCAACAACACAGGCGAGAUGAACGGCGGUCCGCUUUGCCGCUGCAGUGCGCGGGCGCGGCGGCACGGCAUGCGGCACGGCGUGUACGCGGGGGAACAAACAUUCCCGAAAUGCGACCCGCUGAAAAGCAAUAUGGAUAAGCUGUAUCAUUAUAGAAUCACAGUGUCGCCACCAACAAAUUUCCUCAUAAAAUCGCCCACAAUCAUCGCUCACGACGAGCACGAGUUCCUUUUCUCUGGUUUCUCGAUGUUUUCACACUACAAACUGGCAAAGCUCCCUACGUGCAAGGUGAUAAGGUUCAACAUUGAAUACACUAUAUUGUAUGUGGAAGAACCGGCGCCGCAGAACUUUAGUGUUAGAGAGCUGGAUAUAUUUGAGGAGUUCCUGUUCCACGAAUUACUUGAACUGGUCGACUUGGACCUCGGAAAAGGAACAGACACAACAUGUUCUCAGUUCCACUUCAUGCCCAGAUUCGUGCGGUACUUGUCGGAGGGGGGAUGUGAGGUAUUAUCAAUGUGCGAAGUGCUUAAGUAUUUGAUAGAAGAAAGCGGCCUUUUGAUCCCACCAGAGAUGUUGAGCGAUGUUCACAGUAUGGACCACUACACGUGGCAGAAGUUCGUCGACCGAAUCAAGGGUAUGAUAGUGACGUACCCCGGCAAGAAGCCGUGUUCAGUAAGAGUGGACCAACUCGACCGCAGCCCGCCUGACAAGACUAAAGCGGCGAAGGAUUACUAUCCAGAAAUUGUACAUUUCGGGAUCAGACCGCCGCAGUUAAGCUAUGCUGGGAAUCCGGAAUACCAAAAAGCGUGGCGGUAUUACGUAAAAUACCGCCAUCUUAUAGCGAACAUGGCGAAACCUUCAUUCAAAGAGCGGCAGAAGUUAGCAGCAAAGGAGGCGAAACUGCAGGAAAUGAGAACACAGAGCAAAAUGAAGAGAGACGUCACCGUCGCUAUAUCGUCUAAGGGGUUCCAUACUACGGGGCUUAUGUGCGAUGUGGUGCAACACGCGAUGUUAAUCCCAGUGCUGGUCCGCCAUCUGCGUUUCCACAAAUCGCUUGACAGCUUAGAAAACAAAAUCGGUUACGUUUUCAAACAACGGUUGCUGCUGCAGACUGCGUUAACGCAUCCCUCUUAUAGGGAGAACUUUGGUACGAAUCCGGACCACGCCAGGAAUAGUUUGACCAAUUGCGGAAUAAGGCAGCCGGAGUAUGGAGAUAGAAGGAUACAUUAUACUAGGAAAAAGGGCAUAGUAACCUUGAUUAGCAUAAUGUCACGUUUCGGCAAGAACAACGAGACAGAGUCUGAGAUCAAACAUAACGAGCGGCUAGAAUUCCUCGGGGACGCGGUGGUGGAGUUCCUGUCGUCCAUCCACCUGUUCCGCAUGUUCCCGGGACUUGCUGAAGGUGGACUGGCCACCUACAGGGCUUCCAUUGUACAGAAUCAACAUUUGGCACAGCUGGCUAAGAACAUCGAUUUGGAGCAGUUCAUGCUGUACGCGCACGGCUCGGACCUGUGCCGGGAGGUGGUGAUGCGGCACGCGAUGGCCAACUGCUUCGAGGCGCUCAUGGGCGCUUUGUUUCUGGACGCCGGGUUGCAGGUAGCGGACCGUGUCUUCGCCCUAGCGCUGUGGUACAAGGAAUCUGAUCUUCUGGAAGUGUGGUCCAAAGAGCGCGCCCAUCCCCUACAAGAACAGGAACCAUUGGGAGACAGGAAGUACAUCAAGGACUUCGAUUUCCUGCGCAAGCUCACCGAGUUUGAGGAGUCUAUUGGAGUACAAUUCAAACACAUCCGCCUUCUAGCAAGGGCGUUCACCGACCGCUCAGUGGGGUUCACGCACCUGACCCUGGGCUCCAACCAGCGGCUGGAGUUCCUCGGAGACACCGUGCUGCAGCUGGUGGUCUCCGACCGUCUCUACAGGCACUUCCCCGACCACCACGAGGGGCAUCUGUCUCUGCUGCGCUCGUCGCUGGUCAACAACCGCACGCAGUCCUUGGUGUGCGACGACCUCAACAUGUCCGCGUACGCCAUCUACAACAACCCCAAGGCGAAGCCGACCACCAAGAAACACAAGGCGGACUUGCUGGAAGCCUUCCUGGGCGCGCUGUUUAUUGAUAAGAACUUGGAAUACUGCCAGGCGUUCUGCAACGCGUGCCUGUUCCCUCGUCUGCAGGAGUUCAUCAUGAACCAGGACUGGAACGACCCCAAGUCCAAGCUGCAGCAGUGCUGUCUCACGCUCCGCUCCAUGGAGGGCGGGGAGCCCGACAUACCGCUUUACAAAGUGAUCAAGUGUCUCGGGCCAACCAACACGCGUGUUUACGAAGUGGGCGUGUACUUCCGCGGCUGCAGGCUGGCCGCGGCGCGGGGGCACUCCAUACAGGAGGCGGAGAUGAACGCCGCUGAAGAAGCUCUGAAGUCUGCACACGAACUGUUCCCUCAACUGGACCAUCAAAAGCGAGUAAUCGCGAAGAGCAUGCGCAAGAAGAGCCGCCGCGAGAGCCCCGCGGCCGGCCCGCGGGCGCGCGCCCUGGACGAGAGGCUCCCCCGGGCCUACAGGGCGCGCGGGCAGCCCUCCGACAGCGAGGGCAGCGUGUCGCCGUCUGUGUCCGACGAGGAGACCCAACAGAGUCCAGACGAAUCGACCAAGUCCGAAGAUGAUUCGGGAUUGGACAGCGAAACUGAUAAUGCCCCGGAUGUGAGAGUCAGUUCUCUACUCAGCGACAUGGAGAAGUUAAAAGAAGAUUUGAUUAGAAGGAAUGAGUAUGACAAGCUGAAAGAGAAGUGUAGGAAGUCUGAUUCGGAGGACGAGUGAUGUAGCUCUUGUUUUAAUUAUUCAGGACUGAACGGAGAUAGUGCCAGAUGUAAAAUCACUAAAUCAGUUCUCUUCUCAGUGAUAUGAAGUUGAAGGAAACCCUGUAAGUAAUGAAUAAGUGUAGAAACCAAUUCAUAAAACCAAAAUAAUUCUUUUUAAUAUGUUUCAAAAUUUACUCAUAUCUUUCUAUAAAAGAGACAACAAAAUUGGCUACUAGAGACAAAAAAAUCUAAUUAUAUCAAUAAAUUAAAAAUUAAUGUUUUAGAAGAAUCAUGAUGUGUAUAUAAUAAUAAGUUUUAAUUUCAAUGCAUCAAGUAAAAAUACGUCGAGGGGAUACAUAAUCUCAAUACGUGAUAACUUUGAUGUUUGGUCAGCAUACGACCAAAAUUUAACACUGUACUACUCUGUCAAGAAAGUAGCAGGAAAAGAUCAAUAAUACACAAACUGUUUGUUAUUCAUCCAAAUUUAUUUUAUCACCUUCAAAAUAUGCUCUUUUAGAAACGAUACACUUACGCCAACGAAUAAUCCAAUCAUCAAAACAUUUUUUAAACGCUGUUUCCGGAAUUGAGGUCAGUUCUCGCCGCGAAUUCUCUUUUAUGUCUUCUACCGAUUGAAAACGGGUGCCACGAAGUGGUAAUUUGAGUUUAGGAAAAAGAAAAAAGUCGGCUGGAGCCAUAUCUGGUGAAUAUGGUGGUUGCUCGAUGGUAUUUGUUGAGUGUUUGGUUAAAAAUUCGUUCACAAUGAUGGCCUUGUGCGAAGGUGCAUUAUCAUGGUGCAAAAUCCAAGAAUUUUCUUUCCACAAAUCUGGCCUUUUUCGUCGGAUUUGCUCUCUUAAACGCCGCAUAACACUCAAAUAAUAUUCCUUAUUUACCGUUUGACCUUCCGGCAAGAAUUCCGAGUGCACAACACCGCGAUAGUCAAAGAAAACAGUCAACAUGACUUCGACUUUUGAACGACUUUGGCGUGGUUUUUUCGGUUUCGGUUCAGUUGGAAGGCGCCACUCCGAAGCUUGUUGCCUAGUUUGCAUGUCAAACUCGUAAACCCACGUCUCGUCACCAGUAACAAUGCGUUUCAUGAAUGUUGGGUCGGAAUUGACUCGUUCUAGCAUGUCCUCAGCGACUCUCAUGCGAUUGAGUUUUUGAAAAAAAUUCAGGUCUUUUGGGACUAGCCGAGCGGCAACAUGUUUCAUACCCAAAUUAUUAGUUAAAAUGGUACGGAUCGACUCAUGAGAUACAGAAAGUUCGGUGGCUAUCUCUCUCAAAGUUGAAUGAGGAUUUUCAGUCACUAUUUUCUUCACUUUUGCGAUGUUAACUUCAGUUGCAGACGUUGAUGGCCUACCAGAGCGAGGCAAAUCUUCCAUCACAUCUCGACCGCUUUUGAACGCUUUGUACCACUCAUAAGCACGAGUUUUUGAUAAAGUCGAUUCACCGUAAGCCUUCUGUAACAUUUUCAGUGACUCCGAAUACGAUAUUCCAUUGACAAUGCAAAAUUUAAGACAAACUCUUUGUUCGAUGUUUUUAUCCAUUAUGAAAUUAGCAAUACACACUAGAUAUGAUAUAACUAAAAAUAGCACUGUAUUUAAUGUAAACAACAGAUGCAACUCAAACUCCGCGCCAAAAUGGAAAACAGUUUAAACAGUUGUGCCAAUCUAACAACAAAAAAAAUCAAAAAUUUGAAUUUGGAACCAUAAAUAAAUAAUCCAUUCCCGAUACUUUUCUGACUGAAUGUAUGAAUAAAUCCCUGGUACCCUUAAACUUGUCUUUUUAAUUAUUUUGUAGCUCAGUUACAUAGAUGUAGUAACCGCAUGCCCAAAUCUGUCAAAAAAAAAACCCUACUUUAUUUUGGGAGUUCAAUGGCGCGCUCUGAUACUCAUCCGCUGAUCUUAAUGCAGUGGUAUAUUUAGGUAGAACCAUUAGAUGAAAAUCCCCCAUGUACCUACAUACGAUCUCAGAGAGAACACCCUCCUAGAAUUAUAAGUCACAUAAACGAAAAAAUGUUUUUUUUUAUUUAUGUGAAUUAUAAUUCUAGGAGGGCGACAUUCCAUACAGAAGAUUACUAGCUAGUAUAUGCGUGAAUUAUGUAUGACGUAAAUAAAACAAGCAAUAUAGUACAUGUGUAAAUAGUUCUUUAUUUGUAUAGGUAUUAUGUAUUAUAGAGCAAUAUCAUAAAGAGAUAAUGAUUCACACCCGACUUUCAUUCUUAUACAUUUGUGUUGUAACCAUAGAAAUCACAAUGUUAUAAACAAUAGCCAUAUUAGACUUGAAGAUCUUCACAUAUUUCUCUCAACUUUCUCCACUCACUACUACUACUACAUUUUCGACUAUUACGGGUAGGUCCUCCUAUCAUCUCUUUUUUUCACAUCAUCAGAAAUGACAAUAAAAGUAUUAUUUAUUUCCAUAAUAAUUAUU